AUGUUGACUGCGUCUGAGAAAACUCAGAUGGCCAAGCUUUUGCGCAGGCUUUCCUGGCGGGAUCUGCGCCAGCUGUCCUUCGAAGGGGAACAGUCGGCGCACGACUCCGAGGACGAAGAAGUGCAGUUGGAAAAGAUCAAAGAGAUCUUGUGCGGCGCGAUCCGCUCGAUCUCGAGCCAGGACUUGUAUGACCUCGACAAGCCGAAGGCCGAGGGCAAGAAGAAGGAGGACGACCCCAAGGUCAAGGGCGUGAAAAAGGACGACAAGAGCAAGCCUUCGCCCGCCGCCAAAGCGGCCGGCAUCGCCUGGGCCGCGAAGAAGAAGGAAGACAAGCUCAAGGCUGAGGGCGAGAAGAAAGGUUUUCUGCGACGGCACCUCUUCGCCUUCGAAGCGUCCGGUGCUCUGCCUGUGGGAGUGCUAGGCUUCUGA